AUGACUUCAGUGCAAUCAGGAACUACAGCAGCUGUCAAUAGCCCACCCAUGGCAGUGUAUCCUCUCAACUCAAGUUCAAAGUUGGAUCAAGAACCCAAUCCUUUUGAGCAAAGUUUCGCAACGAAUGUAACCGGCUCAAGCCCCAGCAGCAGUAACAGUAGCAACAAUUCUCAACAUCAGAAAGAAAGCCUACCAAAGUUACCACCAGUAGCAGCCCUUGAUAGUCCUGCUGGUGUCAUGAAUGCAUUGCCCAAGGAUGUCGCAAGCCAAUUUCAAUGGGAUUCACUACGUGCAGGUCCUUUGUCACCAUCCAUGCUCACUGGUCCAGCAAGACGACAAGAACAGCAACAGCAGCAGCAACAGCAGCAGUACGACUACAAUAACAACAAUGCAGCAAGUCACAUGACCCAAUCUAGCAACAAUUACGGGGAUCGAUCAGCGUACAAUGCCAAACGCAAAGCUGAUGACAACUCUUCAAGCAGCCAAUCACCUGUGCAAAGGACGACAUCUGCAGAUCAUUUACAACAACAAAGUCCAUCACCUGAACCUGAUUCCAAACCAAAGCAACAAAGCAGAAAGAAAGCUCGCCCAAAAACAGCUGAGGAUGAAGAGAAGCGACGCAACUUUUUGGAGAGGAAUCGAAUAGCUGCAUUGAAAUGUCGACAACGCAAGAAACAAUGGCUUAACAACUUACAAAACAAGGUGGAAGUGUUGACCAACGAGAAUGAGCAAUUGCAAAUGCAGGUGGAGACCAUGCGAGAAGAAAUCACGAAUCUCAAGACAUUGCUAUUUGCACACAAGGAUUGUCCUGCUGCACAAAACAAUGGCUUCAAUGGUUCGAUACCCAAAGGAAUGCCAGCAGUAAUGCAUCAACAAGGUAUCCGAGGACCUACACCAUCCAAUGGCGGACCACCACCACCACCUCCAAAUGCCGUUUAUUCACAACCAUUCUCAGCUGCUGAUCGAUCACAGACCACAAGUGCUCCUAUGAAUGCACCUCCACAACAACCACAUCACUUUCAGCAACAGCCACCACCACCACCACCAGCUAUGGUUGGCAUGCCUAUGCAGCCCCCACAGAGUCACCCUGUACAGCAACAAGGUAUGAUGGCUGGUGCUUCAGGUCCAUCCACAGGCGUCAUACGAUUAUAG